AAUAGAAAAAGACAUCAAAUAUAGAUUCAAACUUCACCUGGAUUUUUCCACUUUUGGCUUAUACAAACCUAUUUUGCAAAAUUUAAUUUUGUUUAAAAAUCUUUUGAUUUUUGAUGAUAUUCCUUCAGUAAUUUUUUCAUCUAUCAUUUUGUCUGACGUAAUUGCGAGAGAUCCAUCGGUUGGUUAAGGCGAUUGUUAUCAUAAAGAAGUAUAAACAGUUUAUAACUGCAUUCAAACAUGCGUUCCUUGGAGUUGAGAUGUUUAUCUUGGAUCCGACCGGGAUAAGCCUGAUGAUUGAAAGUUUUUCUUUCACUGUGACAGUCUUAUCUUAAGUGGAUUUGACAGAAUGAAGAUGCGGAAAACUUGGAUUUCAUUUAGAAGAUCGAAGAAAGAUGCGAAAACAACAUUCGUGUCAGCGAUUCUUCUCUUCAUCUUCUCUCUCCUCCAGCCUUGUGAUUGUUCUGUGCGGAACACCAUUGGUGAGUCAUCACCGUCUGUCUACAAGUGGGACGAGGACGGAAGUGUUAUCGUGGACAUUCCGGUACACUAUCUGGACAUGCAGCAGACCAAUUUCGUGGGUCGGCAGGGAUCUCAAGUGACAAUGCCAUGUACAGACUCAAACACUGAUAAAAUAUCCGAUAAAGACACGAUUGUCGUUUGGAAAUUCGGUAAAAACUGGGACGUGGCUUUGGAGUUGGGCUUUCGUCUGUACGGAGUGGCGACCAUCAAAGAGGUGUGGGAGUCACGUGCCUCUAUUGACAAGGACACCUUUGCCCUCAACUUAGAGGAGCUAGACGGAGAAGCAGACAGUGGAAACUACUUCUGCAAAGUGUUCGAUGCAAACGACGACAGUCUCUUCAAACGCACACUUACUGUUGAAGUGCCUGCAAAGAUAGUGUCGUGGUCUGGUGCCGACACCUUCCUGCCUCUGCUGGGAUCCUCUCUGGAACUGCACUGCGAGGCCUCGGGAGUCCCCGAUCCCAUCAUCACCUGGCACAAGGCACCCACCGACAACAUGAUUAUUGCGCGGGGUAGUGAGUUCCUGUUGGAUAAUGUGUCCAAGACAGACAGGGGACUGUACACAUGCAAAGCGGACAAUAUGAUUGGCCCAGGGGAUCAGAGGCACAUGACCGUAGACGUCCUCUACCCUCCUGACUUUUUGGAUGCUCCAGUGGUCAAUCAGAGGUCAUACGAUGGGAGGUCAACCAAGUUCACUUGUCUUGUGAAGGGCAGGCCCAUUCCAGAAGUCACGUGGACAAAAGCUUAUGUAUUCCGGGAAUUGGAUUUCGAAAUUGAAGAAGUAGUCAAUGACGAAUCUACUUUCAAUUAUUCAUCGUCGAGUCUUCCGACAUCCCCUCCACGUAAAACAGCAAAAGAGAAACACUCCGGGAGUCCAAGUCAUCCGGGGGGAUCAGGGGGCUCGUUUGUGAUCAGGACCGAAAAACGUGACUCAGAGACUGUGCUGUCUGUGCUUGCCAUUCGCUCUGUGACCGAGAGAUCCUUUGGACUCUACCGAUGCAAGGCCAGAAGCCCAGUAGGAUAUGCUGAGAAGGACUACACGUUAUCGGGAGUUGCGGAUGCCCCUAAAAUCAUCAGCCCCAUCACAAGUGGCCGAAGUUAUGAGUACACUUUGGCAUGGAAGACUCCAUCAAUUCCUGUGAACAGAUACAUAAUUAGGAUGAGGAAGAGACCAGAUCCAAAUCAGAUUCCGGAGACCCAAAGCGAACGAAGACAAAUUACUACAAUGGAAUAUUCCAACAAUUCCUCUUCCUCGUCUGACGCCAACUCCAUUUCUGUCUCUACCAAGUCAUCAGAUGAGUCAUCAUCACGUGAUGAGUCAUCAGAGUGGGUUGAACAGGUGGUCUAUGUGGGCGAGAGAACGACCAUAACUGUCUCUUAUGUAAUCAAAGAUCUGGAUUCUGAUUCCGUGUACGAUGUUCAACUGAUGGGAAGCAACAAGUAUGGCAUAGGGGACAUGACUACUAUUCAGGUCCACACAACGUCUAUGGAUCACCAUAGGCGAACUCACGGUCUCUUAAAUUCGGCCAUGAAAGUGUCUGUGUCCAGAGGUGGCGACUCCUCCUCUUCGUCUUCUUCUUCUUCUUCCGUUGACCUCAACAUAUCUCACACAUUGACCUCUUAUUUGAGGUCAACAACAACUCUCUGUGCCUUAACCAUACUUCCCAAACUACUAACUCACCAUUAA